AACUCUUUCAAGCACUUUUAUGUCUCUUAAGGGUAAUGUUGUUUUCCUUUGAGGUAAGUCUAAUUCUUUAGAGUAAUUUUAUGUCUCUUUGAGGUAAUAUUGUGUCACUGAAGUAAUUGUGUGUCUCUUCAAAGUAAUUUUGUGUCUUUUUAAGGCAUUUUCUUUUCACUUUGAAGACAUUUUUUGUCUCUUCAGAGUGACUUUGUGUCUCAUUGAGGUAAUUUUGAGUGUCAUUCAGGUAAAGUAUCUCUGAAGGUCUCUUUGGAGUAAGUUUUGUCUUUGAAGUAAUUUUCUGUCUCUUUAGGGUGUUUUUGUAUCUCUGAAGGGUAAAUUUGUGUCUCAGUGGGGUAUUUUUUCACUUUGAAGCAACUUUCUGGCUCUGUAAUGUUAAGAUCUGAAAACGUCCUCCACGAAUGAUCACUGACAGGAGGAUGAGAUGACAACACCUGAGAUUAUGUUUGUGUAAAUGAAUAAAUGCUUACAGCUCUAGAAAGCCUGCAGAGUGUGCCACUUCAUUGCAGAUGUUGUUCAGCAGUGACCUGCAUGACAUCCUGUGUGAUGAGGAUGUGGUCGACUACAGUGCAAAACCUACCAGCUGCAGACUGGCAUUGACAUACGAUGGAGAUCACGUCACUCUGCCUCAUGCUCGCCACACUGAGCGUCACUCCCGACAGAUCUCAGUUCUUUAAAUAUGAAGUGAUCUCUCUGAGCUGUGUAGCAAACUCCAGCGGCUGGAGGGUGAGGAGAAACACCUCCUCCACAACCAAUGAGGUGUGCAAGUUUGGCUGGGGGAUCCCAGGCGAGUCCUCCUGCACCAUCGAGGACGCCUACCAGGCAGACAACGGAGUGUACUGGUGCGAGAACCCGCGGGGGGGCUGCAGCAGCACCCUGAACAUCACAGUGGCCGUUGGUGCGGUGAUCCUGGAGGUCCCUGCGCUUCCUGUGGCGGAGGGAGAUCAGGUGACGCUCAAAUGUUCCUACAAAGAAGAGGACGACGAUAAAUCUACGUCAGGUUUCAGUGUUACCUUCUACAAAAACAACGUUUUCAUCGGUACUGAGCCUGAAGGGAAGAUGGUCCUCCGAGCGGUGACCGAGAGCCAGGAGGGACUCUACAGCUGUGAGCACCCGAAGAAAGGACGGUCCCCGCAGAGCUGGCUGAGUGUGACAGCGAGUGCUCGGCUCCUGGACACUCCUCCUCCUCCUCCUCCUCCUCUUCCUCUCCUGACUCUGUACCGGCUGCUGUGCGCCGUCCUGCUGUUCGUCCUCUACACCGUCAUCCUCAUGCUGUGUAUUUACAAGUACCGAAGGAUGGUUCGAGGUAAGAACACCUCUGAAAAUAUGCAAAAAUAACAGAAUAUGUUGAUUAUAUUUUCUGUUGGGGUCCGAGCUGACCUUCAAGAUGUGGUGCAGUAGAAGUAUGCAUAAGUACUUAAA